AUGGUGAUACUAAACAACCUUCUCUGGAUCACAGUGCUGCCUGCUUUUUGCCAGGCUUUCCUCUGUAAGCCGAACUCCUUGACGAGCUAUCCGUGCAAAAAUGAUGCUGUGUGCGUGAGAUUGGAUCCUAGCUACACAUGCGCGGACGGCUACUGUUGUAGAAGGACUAAACGUAGGUUCACCUUAACAUAUACUAUUAGAAGCAGUAAAUAG